AUGUCUAUUUUGUGGCUCUUUCUCCCACCUAACCACAUAGUGCGCUAUACAUGGAGCCAAGUCCACAUUGGUGUUAAUAAUUUGGGUUUGUGUGCAGUGGAGUUAGUUAGGUUGAUGACAAGGUGUGGCUGGUCAGUCGGGUCGGUGGCCACACCCAAUCAAGGUGUGGUUGGUUUGGGUUUGGUUCGAGGUCUCGCUAUGAUACUAGUAAACCAACAAUGUCUAUUUUGUGUGGAGUUAGUUAGGUUGAUGACAAGGUGUGGCUGGUCAGUCAGGUCGGUGGCCACACCCAAUCAAGGUGUGGUUGGAUUGGGUCUGGUUCGGGGUCUCGCUAUGAUACUAGCAAACCAACAAUGUCUAUUUUGGGGCUCUUUUUCCCACCUAACUACACGUGGAGCCAAGUCCACAUCGGUGUUAAUAAUUUGGAAAUUUGAGAAUUCCGGCUGUACUGUUGCGUAG